AAUGAAGCGACAGUACAGUCUACAGACUUGGGUCUGAAGAACAAUGGGCGAUCUGACAGUUACAGAUGUAAUCAGUCCAUUGUUGGAAAGUUGCUUGUAGCCGGUAACUCAGUGCAAGUUUCCAGGGAAGCUGGAAACCGGUCCAGUAGUAACGCUUGUACAGUGUUCGUCGGCAGAUUACAGUGUUGUUUGCAGUAAUUUAGCAAUUUCGAUAAUCGGCGUUGAGUAGUCAUGUUAAUUUUGUCAGAUAACUGCACCUUCAUUCUCUUAGUGGCAUUGAGUAAGGUAUGGGCUUUAGCAGCUCAAGUCAGUGACCCUAUUCAUGAUGGAAUAGCACAUCAACUGACCGUAUCAAGAAAUAUAGAAAUAUGUGAAGUGCAUAAUAGUUCAGGAAUCUAUCACAUCAUAAAAAGACAGUCAUCGCCAGCAUCAUUGAUGGUUGUGAAAAUUUGGCCAUCUGGAUGCAGAGCUCGGUUCUCUGGGAACUACAAAUGGGAGAAAAGUGAGAUAACCAUGGAGGCUUCAGUUAAUAAUGACAAGUAUCCAUCUGUUUUUUUCUCCAUUGGUUACCUUCAAAGGGAGUUGGAAGAUGCAUUCUUCAUGAACCUAUAUUGGAAUAAAGAGCAUGUCAUCUUGGAGUUACCAUUCAUGGAGGUGGGUUACUUCUCUAACUUCAAUUCAGCUGUCCCAUGGCAUCUCGAGUCUCCUCCUGGUCUGCACAUCAAAAACUGGCAGUUCUGGAUAAAUGACAAAACUUCAUUGGACAAACUCAGAGAUUUCAGUAAUGGCUUCAAUGGAAUACUUCUCAACAUAACACUGCUGAGUGACGCUGGAAGUGAUUAUGAAACCACACAAGUUAGAUGCCACUUAGAAUCUCAAGAGAGGAGUUUAAUUUUCUUCAAUAUUUCAGAUAGAAACAGUAAGACGUCAGCUGAAAACCAGGAGGAACUCUUACAAUUGCAGUUUCCUCUUAAUUUGAAUUUGACUUGGAAAAGGAAAGUCAAAACUUCUCCCAGCCUAAGUGAAAAAGAAAUAACUCUACGCAUAACUAAUAAUCUCAACAGUGAAUUUGUAUGGUUCCAAAGCAUUGAUGUUUUAGAACCUGAGCUUGAUGAAGGAAAUAAUACAACAUUUUUUGGGAAUCCUCAUUGUUUGGGAAGAUGUGUUCAACAGUCUGCCAAAGAACUUGAGAAAGAUUGCCCUGCAAGGAGUGAAAAAGAAAGCUUGUUUAUGAACAUUGAAAAUUACAGUGUAGAGGGUGAUCGCUGCUGUGAAGAGCAAAAAGAAAAAAAUAACUUACGUGCUAGAAGGAUAAGGAAAGUCACCCAGACUAUAGGAAAAACAGACUUCUUGACAAUGACAGCAAAUAUGACUGUAGACAUGAUGCCGAGUGGCCAUUACAUUGUCUAUAUUAACCAAAAACUCAACCUAAGUGUCUGUCCUGCCCUGAGUUUUUCACUGAAACUCUUAUAG